AUGCGACCCUGGUUAGUUUGGGCGCUGCCCGCCAUUCUAACGGGCGCGGCCGCUGAAGAGUGCCAUGGUAAUUUCACCGUCCAUCCCAACGACAACACCACCCGGCUCUUCGAUUCCUGCACCACGAUCGUCGGAAACAUCAACAUCGGCACGAGCAUUGACGGCGAACUGUACCUUCGAGGCAUUUACAAUGUCACCGGCACCAUCGAAUUUCGACCGGACCACGACCACGAUCGCGACUCCCGACCCGUUGUCCAUUUUUUCAACGCACCCAACCUGUUCCACCUGGGCGGACUGAAGGUGCACGAAGGGUUCUCGGUGUACGAGCUCUACUUACGAGGGUUGGAGACCGUGGGCGAUAUUUCGGUAUAUGUGGACGAAUACGCGCUGAAUCUCGAGCUUGACUCGUUGGUGGAGGCGGACUCGAUCAACAUCAGUCGGGCCCUGAGCACUCUGGAUCUACCCGAUCUACGGACCGUGCACGGUGCCCUCACCAUCGACUACCAUGCCGCCAAUAGCAGUGGCGACGAGCCCGGGAGCUCCAAUCAUGGCAGGAUAGACUUUCCUUCGCUGGAGUUGGCGGGGUCUGUAAACCUGGCGGGCGCGACGGAGAACAUAACACUCCCUCGAUUAACGACCGUCGGGUCCCUCAACGGGUCAGGGUCCGAAUCCGGAUUGACUCUGCACAUGGAGAAACUGGAGAAGCCGUUCCAUUUGGACUUGCCGAGACUUCGAUCUGUGCAAGACCAGAUGAAUCUCUAUGGCAAUGUGAAAGAAGUCCACGCCCCCCGACUCACCAAUUUCACCUCCAUCAACAUCACCUCCAGCACCAAUCUCGACUGUGACGCCUUCCUUGCCGCCAUAGAGAAAACCACGCGGUAUCCGGAGGGUAGAUCGUCGGUCGCCUGCAGCUAUGCGCCCUCGAAGGGGGCUCUGAGUAAAGGAGCGAAGAUCGCCAUCGGCGUUGUUGUUCCUGUGGUGGCCAUUGCUAUUGCUGUGGGGAUUGUGUUUAUCUGUGUGAAAAAGAAGUCUCGAAGGGCGAGUCGGGCGAGGAUGGAGUUGAGCGGGCUGCAGGCGUUAGAGAGGGAGAGAGAUGCAGCCACGCCCCCGCCGCCGUAUUCUGCGCAUGGGAGGUAG